ACUGGGGGCAGAAGAGGAGGAGAACCCGGGAGAGAAGAGGGCGGAGGGGAGGAAGGGGGGAAGACAGAUAGAGAGAGAGAGCCUCUGGUUGCUCUGCUGGAGGAGGGAGUGACUGAGGGGCUGGCGCCGAAGGGACAGGAUGGCUCAGAAACCACUGCCAACAGGACCUGCACAGGGAGAGGCUCUAGGCAGGGUCUGAGGCCAGGGUAAUGGAGGGGGCUGCAGCGUCCCCUCAAAGGCCCUGAACGCCCCCCUUCCCGGCCCCGCCUCUAAGGGACACCCCAGAAGUUAGCAUCAGUGACACUUGGAUGCUGCGAUCGCAACAAGUGUCCUGGCUAUGGCUGGUGAUUCUCGGAAUGCUAUGAACCAGAAUAUGGAGAUCGGAGUUACUCCCAGGGACCCCAGGAAGAUCCCCAAACAGGCACGCGAUGACCUUCCCAUCGCCACAGACCACACCCGCCUGCUGGCGGAGGGCAAGAAGCCCCGCCAGCGCUACAUGGAAAAGAGCGGCAAGUGCAACGUGCACCACGGCAACGUGCAGGAGACCUACCGGUACCUGAGCGACCUCUUCACCACGCUGGUGGACCUCAAGUGGCGCUUCAACCUGCUGGUCUUCACCAUGGUCUACACCGUCACGUGGCUGACCUUCGGUUUCCUCUGGUGGCUCAUCGCUUACAUCCGGGGUGACCUGGACCAUGUUGGCGACAAAGAGUGGAUUCCUUGUGUGGAAAACCUCAGUGGCUUCGUGUCUGCCUUCCUGUUCUCCAUUGAGACUGAGACCACCAUCGGGUAUGGCUUCCGCGUGAUCACGGAGAAGUGUCCAGAGGGGAUCGUCCUCCUCAUGGUCCAGGCCAUCCUGGGCUCCAUUGUCAAUGCCUUCAUGGUGGGGUGCAUGUUUGUCAAGAUCAGUCAGCCGAAGAAGAGGGCGGAGACCCUCAUGUUCUCCAACCACGCGGUCAUCUCCAUGCGGGACGAGAAGCUCUGCCUGAUGUUCCGCGUGGGGGACCUUAGGAACUCCCACAUCGUGGAGGCCUCCAUCCGCGCCAAGCUCAUCAAGUCCCGGCAGACCAAGGAAGGGGAAUUCAUCCCCUUGAACCAGAUUGACAUUAACGUGGGCUUUGACACAGGGGAUGACCGCCUUUUCCUGGUGUCACCCCUCAUCAUUUCCCAUGAGAUCAAUGAGAAGAGCCCUUUCUGGGAGAUGUCUCGGGCCCAGCUACAUCAAGAGGAGUUUGAAAUCGUGGUCAUUCUAGAAGGCAUGGUAGAGGCCACAGGCAUGACUUGCCAAGCGCGAAGCUCCUACAUGGACACAGAGGUGCUCUGGGGCCACCGGUUCACACCAGUCCUCACCUUGGAAAAGGGCUUCUAUGAGGUGGACUACAACACCUUCCAUGAUACCUAUGAGACCAACACUCCCAGCUGCUGUGCCAAGGAGCUGGCAGAAAUGAAGCAGGAAGGCCAGCUCUUCCAGUACGCCCCCAGCAGCCCCCUGCUGGAAAGCAUCGCUAAAGCAGAGUUGGAGGAAGAGGCUGAACAGGAUGGAGAGGAUGGACCCGAGGGGCUAAAUGGCUCCCGGGAGACCAGGGGCUUGGUGUAAGGGCUGUGCUCUCCCCACAUCCUCCCUUCUCUGGCUUCUGUGAGCUCCGACGCUGCAGAGCCGGGGUCAGGGAGGGUGGACCAGCUGAGUGUGGUAUUUGGGGGCCCAGAAGCCAUCAGGGCUCUGUGGGAGGAAUAGUCUAUCCAGCCCCCAGACCUCCCAGCUCAGGGCUUCUCUGGACAGGUGACCUGUUGCCUGGGCCCCCACGGCAAUCCUGCCUCCUCUCUCCCAGCCCCUGUCAGCGCCGGCCAAGGGCCAGGCCAGGAUGGGUCCCCCUGCAAUGCAGGGGACAGAGUGGCCUCUGUCCUUACACACCAAUCCUUAUCAACUGGCCCCGAAUCGUCUCCUCUCUCAGGUCUCAUGGGCCAGCCGGCAGGGGCUGACACCUAGAGAGGACAGUCACCCCCGUCCCUUCCUCCCUACCAGCCUAAGGCUCAUCAUGGAUUCAAGAAGAGAUUCUGCCCUCCUGGAGACUCAGAUGCUCAUCCUAGACCGAGGUCGUGGGCCUCCUGGGUUAGGCUGGAGCUAAGCCAUGCAGGCACUUCUUUCACAUGGAGACCAAGGGUGCCGCCCUGGGGGCUGCAGAGGACCAGGCCCUGGGCGAUCUCUCCCAUUAUCUGUGAAGGGUGUGUGCUCAUCCUCUGCUGGGCUCUACCUGUCAAACGUAGCCUCCCAGGCACCUGACCUUCUUAGUGUGGCUGCUCAUGUGGCCCGGGCCACAGAGCACCUCCGAGCCUGUGCAGGGUGCAGGCCGUCCCUCGUCACACCGUGCCCUGCACCCCCCACUGAAGGGAGAACCCCGAAGCUGGUUCUUUUUUGCACUUUCAGCCCAAGAAUCUCCAAGGGCUUCUAACCUUCACUGUGACUUUCUUUCAAAAUCCCAGAGAGCCGGUGGCGGAUCCAGAGAAGGAGGGCUGCGUUUCAGAGGACAAGAUGCGCCAGGCAGUGUAGAGAGAGGGAGGGAAAGCAGAGAGAAAGGCAAGCGACUAGAAUUUUAAAAUAAGCAUCAGCACCAGUUGUCGCUGAGGUAUCUGAGGUCAGGACUCGGCACAUCUUUGUUAACCAGCGAAUUAGAGGGUGGGGGCCGAGAGGAGAGGCGACCACAACCACGGAGGCAGCAUCCCCUUCAAGCCCAGGCUGGACCAACUCUCAGCUGGUCCCGGUAGCCCCUGGGCCGGCCCUCCCACACCCAGGAGUCAGGGCUGGGAGAGCAGGGAUGAUGCCCAGGGAGGGGGUGGGAAGGGCCGCCUGUCCCAUCCUGCAAACACAGGGGAGGAGAAUCAUGGGAGAAUAAGGAGGGGGUGAACAUGAAGAGAGGAAAGAGCAGAGGAGAGCCUUAAAACGGACAGCUUCAGAGGGCUUUGCUUUUCCAGUACAGAUGGCACCGAAGGGAGAUGGAUGGAUGGACAGACCAACAGUGCAGAUUGUCCUGUCGAUGGGUGGAGCUUGUCUGAUGUAUGUUGAGGCAGACAGACUUGUGAUUAGCUGACCUAGACCUGGAGAGAGAUUUCAAAUAUUCCCCAGUCACAAAAUUA